AUGUCAAGGUCAAUUUUGAUUAUUUCACAAGCGAAUCCGAACAAGCACGCCCUGUGUACAGAAGAGAAGUGUUUGUUCUCAUCUUCAGAGAUCACUAGUCCAUUCGUGUACGGGUUGCAGAUCACUCAUCCAUUCGUGUACGGGUUGCAGAUCACUCAUCCAUUCGUGCACGGGUUGCAGAUCACUAGUCCAUUCGUGUACGGGUUGCAUAUCACUCAUCCGUUCGUGUACGGGUUGCAGAUCACUCAUCCAUUCGUUCACGGGUUGCAGAUCACUAGUCCAUUCGUGUACGGGUUGCAGAUCACUAGUCCAUUCGUGUACGGGUUGCAGAUCACUCAUCCAUUCGUGUACGGGUUGCAGAUCACUCAUCCAUUCGUGCACGGGUUGCAGAUCACUCAUCCAUUCGUGUACGGGUUGCAGAUCACUCGUCCAUUCGUGUACGGGUUGCAGAUCACUCAUCCAUUCGUGUACGGGUUGCAGAUCACUCGUCCAUUCGUGUACGGGUUGCAGAUCACUCAUCCAUUCGUGCACGGGUUGCAGAUCACUAGUCCAUUCGUGUACGGGUUGCAGAUCACUCGUCCAUUCGUGUACGGGUUGCAGAUCACUCGUCCAUUCGUGCACGGGUUGCAGAUCACUCAUCCAUUCGUGUACGGGUUGCAGAUCACUCGUCCAUUCGUGUACGGGUUGCAGAUCACUCGUCCAUUCGUGCACGGGUUGCAGAUCACUCGUCCAUUCGUGCAUUGUACAUUUCGCCCACGGACGAUUCGUCCACCACAAAUUCGUCCACUGAUGAAAUCGCAACCACAUCCAAAAAUUACUUUAAAACAAUUCGCCCACUAA